CUUAUAAAGCCAUUCCGAUUUUUAGUUAACAUUAAAGACUGCUUUCGACCAACAUUAUUUCUAUGAUGCCAAAAAUUGCGAAUAAACCAAACGAAUCCACAAUAAGAGUGCCGUUCGAAACGCCACACCUCGCCGAAAUCGCUUACAAGGUGCUAAGUGUCGACCAGGAACCACGCCGGAAUUUCGUACAAAAAACCCUCAGCUUGGAUAACGACGUCCUGGUGGUGCAUUUCGAAGCUGACCAAGUAAAAAACCUCCGCACGGCCAUCACAUCCUUCUUCGAGAGCCUGCUUCUCUGUCAGGACACGAUUAAGCACUUCGGGGAACCCACAGUUCCAGAGAACAGCGGAGAUGCCGGAACACAGUCCAGCACCGACUCCGCAUAG